CAAGAUGGAGGAAUCCUGCACGUGGGAAGAGGAGAACUCUGCUUCUAGCAGCGGCAGCAGCGGCAGCAGCGAUGAAAUGGAGGACAUGGAGAUGGAGAAAAAAGAGGAGAAAAAGCAAGGAAAGUCUCAAGCAGGAGCUUAUGUGCCGGGAAAAGGUCCCCCACUAGCCCCUGGAGAAGAGCUGGUUAUGGACGAAGGCGCAUAUCGACUCUACCAUCGGGCAGGCACGGGGGCGCCUUGCUUGAGCUUCGACAUUUUGCAUGAUGCCCUUGGAGACAACCGAACUAGCUACCCACUGAGCCUUUUCCUUUGUGCGGGAACACAGGCUGAAACUGCCCAGGCGAACAGGUUGCUAGUGAUGAAAAUGCACAAUCUCCAUGGGACCAAAUCAGCUUGCAAAAAUUCUUCUGGGUCAGACAGUAGCAGUGAAGAGAGUGAAGAUGACGAUGAAGACAAGAAACCCCAGCUAGAGCUGGCCAUGGUUCCCCACUAUGGAGGGAUUAACAGAGUGCGAGUGACAGAGCUGGGCGAGACUCAGAUAGCUGCGGCUUGGUCCGAGAAAGGGCAGGUGGAUAUAUAUGAUCUUCAGCGUCUCUUAGUGGCUGUUUCUGACUCCCAAGCGAUGGCAGUCUUCUUGCGAGAAGAGCAGGCCAAGAUCAAACCCAUCUUUUCAUUUACUGGACAUAUGUCAGAGGGCUUUGCCAUGGAUUGGUCACCCAAGAAACCAGGCACUCUUUUGACAGGGGAUUGCAAUAAAAAUAUCCAUCUGUGGACACCCAAGGAGGAUGGUUCGUGGUUUAUAGAUCAGCGGCCGUUCACAGCCCACACAGCCUCAGUGGAAGACAUACAGUGGUCCCCAAAUGAAGCUACAGUUUUCGCUUCGUGUUCGGCUGAUGCCUCCAUCCGCAUCUGGGACAUAAGGGCCGCACCAGGAAAAGCCUGCAUGCUGAGCACCAGCAAGGCGCAUGCUGCAGAUGUCAAUGUGAUCAGUUGGAACCGAAAUGAGCCCUUCAUUAUCAGUGGUGGCGAUGAUGGGAUCCUAAGGAUUUGGGAUCUGAGGCAGUUCCAGCAAGGUUCAGCGGUUGCUACCUUCAAGCAACACACUGCGCCUAUCACAUCAGUGGAAUGGCACCCCACCGAUAGCGGCGUCUUUGCUGCCUCGGGGGCCGAUGACCAAGUGACCCAGUGGGACUUAGCGGUGGAACAUGACGAAGGAGGAGAAGCUGAUGACCCAGCCUUGGCUGCCAUCCCACCCCAGCUGCUCUUUGUUCACCAGGGAGAAAAUGAUAUCAAGGAGCUGCACUGGCACCCACAAUGCCCUGGCACUCUCAUCACCACCGCCCUGUCUGGAUUCAACAUCUUUCGAACCAUCAGUGUCUGAGGGAGGCUUUCAAAAUGGCAACCACCUAAAUUCAGGGAGGGGUGGUCAAGAUGGGUGCCACCCUUUUACAUGUGCAAUACAUGCAUAAAAAAGUGAUCAUUCUGCUAUAGAAAAGA